AUGGAGCAGUUUGAAUUUCACCCCGCUACCACAUCUUUCAAUCGUGCUUGGUCGACUAUCGAGCCAGGCGUCGAUGAACUAGUCCUCAACGAGGACGCGCAGACAGGCAGACGUACAACAUUACAGCGAUGGCAGCCUGGCGCCCGCAAUCAGCAGGACAUUUUCAUCCACGACUACGUUGAAGAAAUUUUCAUGGUCGAGGGUGAUUUGUACGACCAGAAUCUGCAGCAGGGUUGGGAGAAGGGCGCGUAUGCGUACCGAAAGCCCGGGAUGCGGCAUGGUCCUUUCAAGAGCGAAGGCGGAUGUUUGAUGUUUAUUGUUUGUAUCCCCGUGGAUGCGAAUGGUAAAGAGGCUGGUGAUAGAGUCUGA